AACAUCGUGUACUGUGUUAAUUUAUGCUUAUAAAUAUUGUUUUGUUUAAAACAUGGAUGAUAUUUGCCGUCUAUGCUGUUCCCCUCAUUUUGUAAAUAAUUAUAUUUUUGAUGAGGAGAACGCUUUGUUUUUAAAAAUGUCGUUAUACUUGCCAAUAAAGGUGUUUAAAAACGAUCGACUACCUCAGAAGAUUUGUGACAAGUGCAGUUGUAAAGUGAACGAUUUCUACCAAUUCUGUAAUGAAACUAUAGAAGUUCAAAACAGAUUAAAGGGCAUUUUGACAUCAUCAAAAAUUAUUGUUAAUGAUAGAUUAGACUUCACAAUUAUAAAACAAAAUGCCAACUCACCCCCGCCUCCUCACACUUGCACUCAGGGCACACAAACGGAACACCAACAAGAUGGCACUAGUGAACCCAAAAUCAAAACUGAACCAAAAACAUUAUCACCGGAAAUUAAAAAGGAGUGUGAUUACUUUGAAAUAGAUGACUUUGCACACAUAGACAUACAUUCAGAUAAUAGUGAGGAAGAGUUCCUUAUUGAUAUUAAGAAAAAAAAGAAAAGUAGGAAAGAAAACAAUGACACUAGCAAUGGGGUAAUAAAAGCUAAAAGAGGCAGGAAGAGAAAAACAAAACAAAGUGACCAGGAGCUCGGCUCACAGUCUAUAGCUAAUGGACUGGCACUGAUAAGUGAGGAGUCUGGAGUGGAUCUGGAUCUUGUCAAGGAAGAGAUAGAGAUGAGGCCACAAGAGCUGGGAAAAGUUUUGGAUAGUAUGCAAGAGCUGAAACCAGAGUCUAAUGAAGAUGUGUUUUAUUGUUGCAUGUGCUUUGCCCAGUGUGGCUCAAGAUUGGCAUUGUUAAAACAUUACAAGGAGCAUGGACGCAAGUGUGAGGCUUCGCAGGAGCCCGCUCCACCGCCAGCACCACCAGGUGACGCCUCACGCUGUCUGCGCUGUCAGAAGACGGUGGCCGCGCCGCAGUGGGCGGAGCACUGGCGGCGGCACUUCGCGCGCGACACGCACCCGUUCCGCUGCGCGCUGUGCGAGGUGACGUACCGCGACCACCACCGCAUCCUCAAGCACGGGCUGACGCACGGCGCGCACGAGCUGCGGCGCGAGGAGGGCUCGCGCGCGGCGCCGCGCUUCGUGUGCGACGUGUGCCCGGCCGGCUUCCGCUACAUGCGCUGCCUGCUGGCGCACCGCACGCGCGCGCACCCCGAGGCGGCGGGCCGCGCGCUGGCGCUGCGCUGCGGCGUGUGCGCGCGCAGCUUCGCGCACUCCAACUCGCUGCGCCGCCACGCGCGCGUGCACUCGGGCGAGCUCAACUACCUGUGCAACGUGUGCGGCAAGGCGCUGUCCUCGCGCGAGCACCUCAAGUUCCACAUCCGCAUCCACACCGGCUACAAGCCCAACGUCUGCAAGGUGUGCGGGAAGGGUUUCGUGAAGAAGUGUAACCUGAAGCUGCACGAGCGGGUGCACUCCGGCGAGAAGCCGCACGUGUGCUCGCACUGCGGGAAGGCGUUCUCGCAGCGCUCCACCCUCGUCAUACACGAAAGGUACCACAGCGGCGCGCGGCCCUACGCGUGCUCGCUGUGCGGGCGCGGCUUCGUGGCGCGCGGGCUGCUCACCAUGCACCUCAAGACGGCGUGCGUCGACGCGCCGCGACACCGCCCGCCGCCGCCGCCGCGCCCGCACAAAUUAAGUUCGCGAUGAAAGGCUGUAGUGUUAGAGUAACACCUUCGACUGCUAUCGAUUACAUCCGAUGUGACGAGUUGGGUUGUUUUUAAUUAUAAAAAACUGUUUCUAUGAAGAUGUAUGCGGAUCGUUACUAUUAUGCCUCUAUACGUAUAAUGUUGGUGGGUCUGUUGGUGGUCGUGGUAAUUCUGAGCGAUUCAACGAAUCGAUGGCAUAUUUUAAUCGCACACGAAGCUCGCUUCGUUUAAACACUGGUCUAUAGCUGUGUUGGGUUUCGAUAGAUGGCGCUGUUUUCAACUUUACAAAUUAUUUUUAAAAUACGAAUAAAAUCGAUAGAUAUUUACAAUAUAUGUUGGCUUAUCUGUAAAAACAUAAAUAUACGACUGAUAAAUUUAUGCAGCUGUGGUCGAGCUAUUAAUACAUUUAUUAUUGUUACAUUACCGUGGACGAACCAGUGAGUGUUUGGGCGCAACUUUGUCCACGUUUUAUCAUGGUAUGAUAUCAUUUUGAUAAAUAUUAAAAAUUGUAUAGUAAAAAUACAUGUAAAUAUUUUAAAAAUAUCUGAUUAUGUUAUUUUUUUUUAGAUUGUCUUCAGAACAUUUUCAUUUUUAAAAUAACCCUGAAGUUGUUUACAAUCUUAGGGCAAUUAUUUUAAAUCUACAUAUUGACAAAGAAUUUGGGACUAAAUUACUAAUUAAAUCAAAUAAUCAAUUUCAUAAAAAGGGGACGGUUGAUCUUGAUAGUGAGUUCGGUACUAAUUCGUAAUAUUGACAAGCCAUGAUUAUAAGCAUUAGGAUAUUUUGAUUUGCUGACUGUUUUUGCACGGGAAGGUCAGCAAAAGCUUACAAUUUUUAAGACAGUCGAUAACGUUCAGAUAAACCAACAUUAUAUAUUAGUAGUUAUUAUUUCAGUAACAACAAUUACAAAUACGUAAUAGUUCUAAUUUGAAAACGUUUUAUUUAUUAAAUGAACUGUAGUAGUAAGUGUUCGUAUUGUUGUUAACCAAUCCGGUUUCACUUAUAUUUUUAUUGAGGAUUGCUCGACAGAUUUGGUCAAGAAGGCUCCCAUCGUGGACGUGUCGAUAUCGUGUCUGUGACUACCUAAAAAAGUAGUGGGGCUUUGUACCCUACCUGGGCAUACUAUAUUUAUUAUUUUGCAUGGGUCUCUUACUAAUAUUGUACAUAUACUUACAUUUAAUAAAGAUAGCUUAACGAUCUUUUAAGUUUAUGUAUUCCCAAUUAUAGAAGGUGACAACAUAGUUUAUUUUUAUAAAAAUAGUGUUACAAUGUUACAAGAUUAUAAAACUAAAACCAAACAUAAUUAGUUUGUGAUAAUGGAAAAAUAUAUCUUUUCAAAAGGGCUGCAAGAACUCUGCAAUCGUAAUUUUAGAGGAUUACAUCUGUACUAUUAUUAAAACAUGCAAAAGUAACUCUGUAUAUGUCUGUCCAUUUGUUACUCUUUAAAGACCAAUCCACUGAUCCGAUUUUAUGAAAUUUGGUGUGAAUCAAGUUAGAGGUCCAAUAAAUGACAGGAUUUUUAUGACUAAUACCUCACCACAAAGCCCUAAAGAGCGAAGCCGCUGUCAUCAACUCGUUAAACAUACUACCACUGAAAAAUAGUUUAUCUUCAUUAAUCUUCAUUAAUAUCUGUGGGCUGUGGUGACCACUUGUAAAGAGAAAAUCCCUGUCGAGUAUUUCUCAGAGAAAUUUAAGUGAAACUAGAUCGGUUAGUGCGGAUGAAAUCGUUUUCCUAGAAGCAUAACCAUUACCUCAUACUUCGUUAUAAAUUAGUUCUAAGAUUAAACAAAUUCUAUUUGAGGCUGAAGGUAUUGUUUUCCUGCUUCCACUUCGCAAACUAGAAAGAGAUAGCACGAAUUAUAUGAGACGAAGUGUAUAAGAUCCUAUUUAAUUUUUAACUUUUAUUUAAUUUUCGUGAUGGUAAUUUUUUUGAAACGGGGAGUUGUCGUGUUUUUUUAGUGUAUUUGACGUUUGGACGGUCGCAAAUUGUAGAAAUAUAUAAUUAAUUUUCCGUGUUAUUCAUUUUAAAUAAUUGAAAAUAUAAUAAAAAUCUUUAAAUUAAGCUAAUAUGACUAAACUAGAAGUUUCUUCUGUUUCUAACACGCUGUUCGAAGUAUUUUUUCAAGAUCAAUUCACUUCACGUUGAAUCACCAGCGUGUGAUAGUAUGUGUGACUUUAGUGCAUACAAGAUGGCUCAAUGUGUGUGAGGUGACUAAACAAAGAAUAAAGACAGCAAAAAAAUGCGUUAAACCACUCAGAUCUAUAAUGAAUUUUUAUCUGAAUGGUCAUUGGUCGGUUGUAUCCGAUAACGCAACAGGCGACCAAUGAGCGUUCAGCAUUUUUGUUAUAUUAGUUAAUCUGACUUUAAUCACAGACCUGAAGAUUUGUGUGGAUCUCUCAAAUUAUUUAAGUUUAAAGAUUUUGUGUAAAGUUAUCAGCAGUUUUAUCAAAUUAAUAUUUAAUAUGGAUUCGGGUGAAUGUUUAAUUCAGUGUGCCUGAUUUAUAUACAAUUUCUUGCGUGUAAUUUUAAGUUCCAAUGUAACAACUUAUGUACUCACAUUGACUCUUAGAAUUUCGUAUCGACUGAGUUUGUUAAUGUUACAAGAUUCUGUUAGUAAUAACACACAGGAGCGGAUUUAGAAUUAACCCAAAAUCACAAAUGUAUGCUUUUCUAAAGCGAUUAUUUUGCCGUCGAUGAUUACAUUACAUUUUAUCAUCGUUGGCUUACUUUAGAUAUUAUUAAAACAAGUUCACUAUCGAAAACUAAUUUUAUUCUACAUAGUAAUAACAUAUCGGAAGAAAAUAUUAAAAUAUAUAAUAUAUCAAGUAUAGUAUGAAAUCUGAAAAAAAAUUGUAAUUAUUAGUGUCGUAUCACCUAUCUUAUUAUGAAGUAUGCGUCUGUGUGUUUAUGUAUGUUGUAUACUUUAUGUAUAUCAUGCAUGCGUGCAUGAAGUAUAUUAUAAAAGUUUUUUAAUAUCUAACAAAAUUAACUUUGUUUGUAAUGAAAGAAAUUUCUAAAUUUGUUUCAUUUCUGGUCAGACAAAUAAGAUGUUUAAUGUAAUUUUUUAUGUCAUGUGGGCGGACAGGCAAAUGAUGGCCUGGUGGUAACUAUGGUGAUCGCCACUGCCCAUAGACAUUAUCGCUGUAAGAAACAUUACGCACUCCUUACACCGCCAGUGCGCCACUAACCUUGGAAGCUAUGAUGUUAUAUCCCUUGAGCCUGUAGUUACACUGGCUCAGACAUCCUUUAACUAACAUUACUAAGUAUUACUGUAGUGGUAGAAUAUCUGGCUGUGGUCGGUACCUACGCCCAUUUUAAAUUAACUUAUCGGGUAGGUGCCGUCAAUCAAAUCAAAUCAAAUUAAAAUAUACUUUAUUCAAGUAGGCUAUUAAAAGCACUUUU